CUGGCUUGUAGGCUCGCAUCGCGGCUGUACUAGGUCUCCGGCGAGCUGUGCAGCAAACCCGGCUGCAGCCACUUGCUCGACCUCCUCGUCCCGUGCGGCCGGCUGGGUGAGGCCGGACCCGCGGCGGGGGGCAGGCGGAGGUGCCGCGGCCGCCGCUGCUGCCGCGUGCUCCAUGCAUCCGGAGCCCGCCCCGCCCCCGAGCAGCAGCAGCAGCCCGGCGCUUCCCCUCGGCGGUGGCAGCGGGAGCCGCCAGAGCCGUCGCCACAGCGGGGACGGGGAGCUCCCGGGGUCCCCGCCGCCGCCCGCCGUCAGCUACCCGGACUGGGUCGGUCAGAGCUACACCGAGGUGAUGAGUCUCAACGAGCACUCGAUGCAGGCGCUGUCCUGGCGCAAGCUCUACUUGAGCCGCGCUAAACUCAAAGCCUCCAGCCGGACCUCGGCGCUGCUCUCCGGCUUCGCCAUGGUGGCCAUGGUGGAGGUGCAGUUGGACGCUGAACAUGACUACCCGCCGGGGCUGCUCAUUGCCUUCAGCGCCUGCACCACGGUGCUUGUGGCCGUGCACCUGUUUGCACUCAUGAUCAGCACCUGCAUCCUGCCCAACAUUGAGGCGGUGAGCAACGUGCACAACCUCAACUCGGUCAAGGAGUCGCCGCACGAGCGCAUGCAUCGCCACAUCGAGCUGGCCUGGGCCUUCUCCACCGUCAUCGGCACGCUGCUGUUCCUGGCCGAGGUCGUGCUGCUCUGCUGGGUCAAGUUCCUGCCGCUCAAAAAGCAGCCAGGCCAGCCUCGCCCCACCAGCAAGCCGCCCACGGGUGGUGACACAGCUGCCAACGACACCAGCAUCACACCAGGCCAGGCGGCAGCCAUCGCCUCCACCACCAUCAUGGUCCCCUUCGGCCUGGUCUUCAUCGUUUUCGCCGUGCACUUCUACCGCUCGCUGGUCAGCCAUAAGACAGACCGGCAGUUCCAGGAGCUCAACGAACUGGCCGAGUUCGCACGCCUGCAGGACCAGCUGGACCACAGAGGGGACCACCCGCUGACCCCCGGCAGCCACUAUGCCUGAACCUGCUGGGCCCAAGCUGAGGCCUGAACGCUCUUCCUUCCUGGUGGCCUUGACCCACGCCAGCUGCGCGGGCAGAGUGACAGGAAGUCGCUUUGGAAAAAGGGACUGCACCUUGAGACUUUGCUCAGAGAGAAUAAGCACUUCCUGUUCUUCCAGCUCGGGGAGGAGGUGGUGGGGCUGGAGUGAGGACAGAUGCUGUCUUUGUCCCUACCACCACCCGCGUGUCAGUACCACCCAGAUGCUUCUGUCCCCACCUCGCUCCCCAUUCUGUGUCGAGUGUGCGCGCGCGUGCGUGUGUGUUCGUGUGAACACAGAAAUAUACUACUAAGGGACACCUCC